UACGUUUUCUUGAGGAGCGCUCUUGGCGAUCGAAAGGGGAGCGCAGUUGGCAACCCGCGGAGGUAUGGAACUAGAAGAAGAGCAGACGAUACAGAGAGAAAGCGUGUCGGCGAAAGUGAGAGGUCGUCCUUGCGUGUCAAGACCAUGUUCAAAUCAUCGCCCACGGCACUCCAUCACCUGGUUCCCGUAGUCCUCUCCAUCGCAGUCCUCAUCCCCUCUUCCCAAGGUGGCCAGUGUUGGAGUAUGAUGAGCCGGCCAGAAAGGUGUACCGAAAGCCUUCGGACCAAUGUGACGCGAGAAGAAUGUUGCAGUGAUGGCAGUGCAACGACUGCCUGGAGUCCUAAAGAUUUAACAUCGGGAGAUCUUUUCUUCUGGAUGUCUCUUGGUGGAGGAGUCACGUGCAAAGCUUGCAAAGUGUCGUGUGAAGGCGUAAGGUGUGGCAAAGGAAUGCGGUGCAUCCUUCGCAAGCAGAGACCCGCUUGCGUUUGUUCACCAGCCUGCUCGCGCAAAAAGAGACAAAUGGGAGAGGUGUGCGGAUCGGACGGAAGAACUUACAAGCAUAUGUGCAGGCUACUAAAGCGUCAGUGCCGAAAAAACAAACAACUCACCAUCGAGUACUUCGGGAAAUGUCAAAAAACCUGUGAUAAAGUUCACUGUGCGGGGCGCAAGACUUGUCUUCUGGAUCAAGUUCUACGGCCUCACUGUGUUCGCUGUCAAGGAUACUGUCCCCGGGGCUCUAUUGGAGAGUAUGUUUGUGGCGCCGACAAUGUCACGUACAGUAGCUCGUGUCACAUUCGUCAAGCUGCAUGCGCCAAGGGGAAAGCUGUACCACUAGCUUACAGAGGAAAAUGCAAAGCUGGUGCGUCUUGUGAAAAUAUUCGAUGCCGCAAAGGUCAAAGUUGUUUGAUUGACCCCAAAGGAGGACCGCCUCGUUGCGUGACCUGUCCAAAUCAAUGCAAUGUUCCGAAAACUACGAUGCUCUGUGCCAACAACAAUUACACAUAUUCUACUUGGUGCCAUAUGAUACAAGAUGCUUGCAAGCAUGGUAUAUUGUUGGAACCGAAGUAUGAGGGACCCUGUGAAGAAACUACAUCUCAGCAAACAAAUGUAAUCCCUAUAAACGUGUUUGAUUCCCAAGACCAUCUAUAGUUGUGCAAAUGACUCUUCGUUCAUUUCCAACUUUUCACCUGCCUUGAUGUGGCGCGUCUUGAUAUUUGAAUAACAUCACAUUCCUACGACAGAGAGCCCUCUAGUGGUCUAAAUAGAAACAAUCUGUGCAAAGUUAUUUACUGGAAUUGUUUUACUUCAGGAGUAUUUCCUUUGCAAGAUCUUUUUUAGCAGGUUUUUUUUAAGUGGUCACUAGUAGUGUAUUUGUUGCAUGGGCUCACAUACGACAGUUACGAGAUCUCAGUUCCUUUCAUUUUUUUUUUAUUUGUACUGGAGAAUCAGUAUUGAAUUGUAAAGGUUGCUGUGACUCUUAGGCUAUCAGUUAAAAAAAGACAGUCAAAGAAAUUAUCAAGAACAACUAUUUAAAAGGUAAUGUUAACACUUUAACUGUCAUGACUAACGCCUGUGGGUACUACCUGUAUAAUGAAAUUACCUUUUCCCUUAACUAUGGUAGAAGAGUGAUCACCUAAUAUGCACUAGGUGUAAAUCACAUGCGUGAGUCAAAAUGUGUCAGUGGCAGACAUAGAAACAACCGAUAGCUCAUGCCACGCAAUACCUUGAACUAAUUUUUUAAGCUCACUUGAUUAUCGCUGAAGAUUCAGUGUUAGUUAAUUAACCACGGUUUGACUACACUUUUGAUUUAGGUCAAAACAAAUACGCAAGCGCUAAUUAGAAAACUAAAUGUUCCUAGAAAAUAGAUAUAACGCGUGCGAAGUUGUUAAUGUAGUUUUAAAAAAAUGUUUUUUCCUUCUCUGUGUAUUUUAAUUCUUUUAGAUAUUCCACUUGUGUGGUCAAACUAUGGAAUGAAAUAUCACUAAUCUUGAAAAUAUAGGGAAAUGCGAUACAGCUAUAUAUCCUAAGGAAGACUGCAGUUCAGCCAUUUGAAUCAUUUUUAUAGUAUAGAUUUAAUAAUUCUUACUAAUUAAUUUAUUAACUAUUUAAAGAUAUUUCAUCUUUUUAUUGGCUGUCUGUAAAUCAUUAUUACUCGCGGAAUUGUGGGUGUUAAAAAAAGUUUUAGGAACGAAAUUGAAUGAAAAAAAAAAAGAAUUUUUUUGUCCAUUGAAAUUUUUAAUAAAAAGUGCGAAAAAUCGUUAUUUUUCAAAAAAUUUAGUGAUCAAUAAAUUUUUACUUUUUAAAGAAUUUUAAAUUAUAAGUUUUUCCUCUCGAUGUGAAAUGGUUUAAUCAAAGGAAUUUUAAAAAAGAAACGUUAGCUUGAAUGUUAGUUUUGAUUUAUUAGUUACUACAAAUAUUUCUGUAAAUCGCAGUAAGUAUUUCUGCUAUUCAUUCGCCUUUUUUAUAUCAUUUCCCGAAAAAAGAAAACUUUUGAGAUCAGUUUUUAAAAUGAGAAGAAAUCCGCUGGCGGUCGACUCUUCAUAUGGGAUAUUUAUUCUGAAUUUUUCUUCAGUGCUGUUCUGUGUCUAGCCAAUAAAGUAAACCUUCCACAGAGACAGCAUGGCAACCUUUACUUUGAUGUUAUACUGAUGUAGUGGCUGUUUGUGUUGUGUACGAAUGAUAGGACUUUUGCUAUUUGUCGCUACGAAACGGGUAUCACGAGUAUCAUUUGAAUAUUUAAUUAUCAUUGAAACUGUAAAGCAUUUUUUUGAAUUUAUGUGCAAGUUUCAUUCGUAUGAUAUGUAUCUCAUUCUGAUUGUAAAUUACAUUUUAUAUACAACAUGGAUCGUACAAGGAAGAAGGUUUCUUACGUUAUUAUUAUUGUUUCGAUCUUACAUUCACAAUGUAAAAAGUUUUAAAAACAGAAACUCGUUCCUGGAAUUCCCAGAUAUUGUUUCUGUUUUAUUGUAAUGGAAAUCUUACUCUUACUUUUUAAGCAAAAUAUAAAAGUUAUCUUUUUCUCUUGUUUGAACUAUAUGUGUUGCAUAUUUUUAUAAAUUGUACUGAUAAGUAUAGGUGUAAUAUAACAAAAUAUUUAUGUGUAUUGUUUUUUAUGUAAAUCAUAUUUCAUUGAUUUUUUUUUUUUUGCAUAUGGAUUAAAGAAAAU